AUGCCGUGGGACGCGUUCGUGGAGCACGCGCGGCGGGAGCUCGGCGACGGCAUCCAGCUGGCGCGCCACCCCGCACUGGACCACGUGCUCACAGCGCAGGGCCUGCGACGGUCGCGCGCAGCCGCGCUCACGGAAGCCAACCGCCUCGCUGCCGACGCCGCGGCCGGCCGCACAGGGGGCGUGAAGGAGGUCAUCGUCGGGCGCAAGUGCGCGGAGGCGGUCCUCAAGGGCGCGGAGGCUUACGUCCCCGGGGUCCUGGCGUGUUCUACCUUCAUCGAGCGCGGAGACCCGGUGGUGGUGCUCGCAGCGAUCGAGGACCCCGCGACGGGCAAGUGGCCCACCACGCGCGGCUCCACGAUGCCGCCGUUCCGCGGGGGGGUCUCCGAGGACUCCCCCCCGCGCGACGGCGACGCUGCGCCCGGCCUGACGGGGCUCGAGCCGUGGGUCGCGGAGGCGCGCCGGACGCUGUGCGUCGGCGUCGGCGUCGCGGAGCAGGGCCGCGUCGAGAUGUUCCGGUCCGGGAGCGGCGUCGCGGUGCGGCUGACGCACCGCUUGUUCGACAUGCGGUCUCUCAGUGGCGUGCUGAGCGGGCUGAUGGUCGCGCAGUCGCUGCCGAGCAUCGCUGCGGCCGCGGCGCUCGGCGCGCGGCCGGGGGAGACCGUGCUGGACAUGUGCGCGGCGCCCGGCGGCAAGACGACCGCGCUGGCGGAGGCGAUGGGCAACAUGGGGGUGUUGUAUGCACUGGAUCGGUCGCACGGCAAGGUGGAGGGGGUGCGCGCGCUGUGCGCGGAGCUGGGCAUCACGAUGGUGCGCGCGCUGCGCAUGGACGCGCGGCGCGCGCUGCGGCGCCCCGGAGAGACCCCCCCCGGGGAGUCGAAGAGGAAAAAUAAACAGAGAAAGAAGAAUAAGAAUGGACGCGGAGAAGAGGAGGACGCGGCGGAGCGGGACGAAUACGCGGACGGGUUCCCGCCGGAGCACUUCGACCGCAUCCUCGUGGACGCGCCGUGCUCCGCGAUCGGCCUCCGGCCCCGUCUCCUACAGCCGGCGGACGCGGCGGAGCUGCUGCGUGCGGCGGAGUACCAGCGGCACUUCCUGGAGCAGGCCGUGCAGCUCCUGAGGCCCGGCGGCGUCAUGGUGUUCUCCACGUGCACGAUCAACCCUCUGGAGAACGAGGGCAACGUGCGUUGGGUCCUAGACAGGCAUGCGUGUUUGCGGCUGGACGACGUGCCGCUGUGCGCGAGCCUGGGCGGGCCGGGCGUCACGCACGGGCCGCGCACGACCGAGGACGGGCAGGCGGUCGUGCCUGGCGAGCGCGUGCGGCUGCUGACCGACGCAGAGGCCAUGAAGGUGCGUAGAUUCACACCGAACGUGGAGGAGGCGGGGAGAGUCGAGGAGGGGGGUGUGCGGCGCGCGGUGCCCGGGUUCUUCAUUGCGCGUUUCGUGAAGGAGCGCGGCGGGGGCUGA